UAAAGAAGCAGAGCCUCUUGCCAUACCACUGAUCGAAUAUCACCAUUACCAGCGCUUUAUCAUCCGAACCAAAAAGAAGACACCGGAGUAUACUUGAACCCAUUUACAACACCAGUCAAGAUUCAGAAUGGCCUCAGAAGUACAAGGCUCAGAAAAGGUCACAAACGAUGUUGAUUUCACACCUGUCGACCCUGUGCGGUGUGCAUACUACGCCAGAUUCGCAUCCCACCUGGACAGAUGGCAUUUCGAACUGCUAUACUGGAUUUUUUUUGUUUUCAAUCUCUGCCUCCUAUUCCUGGCAGCAUGGAAUUACACUCGGACGUUAGAUGCUGUGAGCGAGCUCGCCGAGACCGACUCAAAACGGAAAAGGGCCAUCAAACGUUGCAUAUGGUUCAACCUAUUGUGUGUGUGUGUGUCGCUAGCCACAGUCAUCAUGGAAGUUUUCAUGUUGAUGGCACUGCAAUUCUGUGAUGGCGAGGACCUCAUGUCGCUAUAUUGGUCAACCUUCACCAUGGUUCAGGUCGGAUCGCUCAUGGCGGUGUGCGGAAUCAUUCUGGCUCUCGUCCAUCAACUUAGACAGCAAAAAAACCCUCCCUGGGCUCUUGCUCUCGGCACGCCCGUCCUAGUCUUUGCGGGUUUGUUCCACUACAUCCACUUGUGCAUGACACGAAGAGUGAGGAAGGCGAAGAUGGAGAGGAAGAGGAAGAACAGCGAUAGUGGAACACUGCCAAUGAGCCAAGUAAACACAAUUCAAGCCGAGUCCUCUGACGAGGACGAGCCCGUUCGGGGGGCUGAGAUUAUCGGGCUUACGAUGGAAGGCGGCCCAAUUAUCCACUUCAAAGACGCGGUCCCAUACAACCUUCCAGACUCGAGCGAAAUCAUCGGGCACUGCGGAAAUGACAAACCCAUUGUCAUCUGCCGCCGCGAUGGCUUCCAGCUGAUCUACAACGGCCAGGAUGAGCGGGCGCCAUCUCCUAACCCAGCAACCAAGAACGCUGGCUGAGGGCGAGGGGUGCGCCAGUUCCGUCGCUCUUCGCGGCGGGUAGGGAUCCACCCUUGCAUUGAUGCGGCGAAGUCAAAAGUCAAAGUUUAUUAGAUGCCGGCCAGCGGCCAGAUCAUCCACUCCAGCGGCUAUACCCACGUCAUACCAACCAGGCACGAA